CUCAGCGCGGUGACAGACUGCUACGGGAAGAAGGGAAAAAAACAAAAAAAAACACUAAUCUGAGCAGGACGGCCAUCUUUGCUCUGCUCGCCGAGGAGAGAGGACGGAGACCAGACCUUCAGACCCGGAUCGAUAACACACAUAAGAGGAUCGAUCCGGUUCCUCUCGUUGCGCGGAACCAGACCUACUGGUGGACUGGGCUCCUCUCGGAUCCCGGAUCACACCGAACCCCGGAACGUGAAUCCGAGCAGAAAGCUGCAGCAAUCGGUUGACCAGUUGAUCGAUUGAUCAAUGCGGUUCGAUGGACACGUGCUGGUCGGUGGGUUUGGGUUAGACUGAUACCGGACCGGUGGUCUCCCGGUGGAUCCGCUCAGAAAGAGAGCUGAAGAUCCGGGUCUACGGUUCUGUCCUCACGUAGACCUGCAGCUCACGCUGGUCCCCUUUGGUCCCAGCACUGCGUUAGAUGUUUGGACCCGGACCCGGUACCGGUCCUCAGGGUCCACCAUCAGAACCGCAGCUCGUUUAAAGGACUUCUGAUCAAAUUCAUAUUUAGUGUCUGUGGAUCCACGAUGGGACCAGCGACCCGACUGGCCUUCAGUGUGUUCCUGGUCUCCUGCUCCUCAGGUUCCAUCCUGGGCCGCUCGGACACUCGGAAGUGCAUCCACUACAACUACAACCCCUCCUCCUCCUCCUCCUCCUCCUCCUCCCCCUCCUCCUCCUCCUCCUCCUCCGUGGGGGUGGAGAGUCGGGGGAACAUCAGCGGGGUGGUCUCGUGCUCUGGAGAUAAAGAUAAAAGACUUCACUGCUUCGCCACCUGGAAGAAUGUAUCUGGCGUGGUUCAGGUGGUCAAACAGGACUGCUGGCUGGACGACACCAACUGUUACGACAAGAGUGAAUGUGUGGAGAGGAAAGAUGCUCCUGAAGUCUUCUUCUGCUGCUGCGAAGGAAGUUUGUGUAAUGAAAAGUUCUUCUACAGCCCCGACGGCAACCAGCCGCAGAUCUCAACGACGAACGAACCGGUGCCUCCGAAGACCCCGGUGCUCACCAGUCUGAUGUACUCACUGGUUCCCAUCAUGGCUCUCACAGCCAUCGUCCUGUUCUCCUUCUGGAUGUACCGACACCACAAACUGGCCUACCCACCUGUCCUGGUGCCCACGCAGGACCCCGGCCCUCUGCCGCCCUCCCCCCUGCUGGGCCAGAAGCCACUGCAGUUACUGGAGGUCAAAGCCAGGGGGCGCUUCGGCUGCGUGUGGAAGGCUCAGCUGCUCGGGGACUACGUCGCGGUCAAGAUCUUCCCCAUCCAGGACAAACAGUCGUGGCAGAACGAGUUUGAGAUCUUCAGCCUGAACGGAAUGAGACAUGAAAACCUGCUGCAGUUCAUCGGAGGAGAGAAGAGAGGAAGUCACCUGGACAUGGAGCUGUGGCUCAUCACGGCCUACCACGAGAAGGGUUCUCUAACGGACUACCUGAAGGCCAACGUCCUGUCCUGGUCUGACCUGUGUGUCAUCGCUCAGUCCAUGUCUCGAGGUCUGGCCUACCUGCACGAAGACGUACCGGGACACAAGGACGGACAUAAGCCCGCCAUCGCACACAGGGACUUUAAGAGUAAGAACGUGCUGCUGAAGUCGAACCUGACCGCCUGCAUCGCCGACUUCGGCCUCGCUCUCAGAUUUGAGGCUGGAAAAUCACCUGGAGACACACACGGACAGGUGGGGACCAGGAGGUACAUGGCCCCGGAGGUCCUGGAGGGGGCCAUAAACUUCCAGAGAGACGCCUUUCUGAGGAUCGACAUGUACGCUGUGGGUCUGGUGCUGUGGGAGCUCGCCUCGCGCUGCAAAGCUGCCGACGGUCCUUUGGACGAGUACAUGCUGCCGUUUGAGGAGGAGGUGGGUCAGCAUCCGUCUCUGGAGGACAUGCAGGAGGUGGUGGUCCACAAGAAGCUGAGGCCGACUCUGAGAGAGUGCUGGCAGAAACACACGGGUCUGGCCGUGCUGUGCGAGACCAUCGAGGAGUGCUGGGACCACGAGGCUGAAGCGCGACUGUCGGCCGGCUGCGUUCAGGAACGCAUCGUUCAGACCAGCGUCACGGGGCCCGAGGACAUCGUCACGGUGGUCACCAUGGUAACCAACGUGGACUACCCACCAAAGGAGUCGAGUCUAUGACGAGACCCGAGGACCAAUCUGAACGGAGCUGGGACUCCCUUAGAGGCCCGAGGACCAAUCGGAACGGAGCUGGGUCUCCCUUAGAGGCCGAGGACCAAUCAGGACGGAGCUUGGACUCCCUUAGAGGCCGAGGACCAAUCAGGACGGAGCUUGGACUCCCUUAGAGGCCGAGGACCAAUCAGGACGGAGCUUGGACUCCCUUAGGGCAGGGGUGGCCAGGUGACCCAUCGGGUGGUCAGGUGACCCGUCGGGUGGUCAGGUGACCCGCAGACUGACGAGGACGGCUGGCAGAGGGUCUCUCUCCGCAGGGUGAGCCACACUGAUCUCUGACCUCACUUCCUGUUUAUAUUACAAAAUAAAAGACUUCCUGGGCAGACGUUAUAUUGAGUAUAAACUCUGCUUUGUUCCUCUAAAUGAUGCCAAUAAGAAAACGGCUUCUGAAUGUCUCACUACUGCUGAGUGUAUGUGUGUCUUUCCAUAUAUAUAUAUAUAUAUAUAUAUAUAUAUAUAUAUAUAUAUAUAUAUAUAUAUUUAUAUUUAUAUAUAUAUAUUCACACACACACACACACACACACACACACACGUGUGUAUAUAUAUAUAUAUAUUGAUCCUCUUUUCUCUCAUAAGACGCCUUGUGGAGAAGAAACUGAGAUAUUUAGAAGAUUGAAAUGUUUGACGGCCGUUGAAUUGAUUUAUUGUUGUAUUUAAUAUGUUAUCUUGUUUAUUGGUAUUAGUCGUUUUUCAGAUGAACUAUUGAAAAGGUUUUGCUGCACCAAACUCCAUUCUGGAAUCAAUAAGUGUGAUUGAUGGGAGGAAUAAAAGGACAGAACACUAAGAACUGAUUAUUAAGUGUAUUAAUCUGUCAUUAAGGCUAAAAAACUGUUUUCUGAUGUCUCCAUGAGGAUUAAUAAUCUGUUAUGUUUCACUUUAUUUCUUUGUUCGAUUUAUUUUGAAAAUGAAAUCUUUAGACAAUCAAAAGAUGUUUUUUCAUCAGAAUGUCAGAAACCUGCUAAUCAAUAAGAAGAAAUGUUUAAAGCAUGCUUUUAUUUUGUAAUAUCUCCUGUUGGUUUCCUGUUUGUGGUUCUGAUUCUAUGAAAAUGAAUCAAUAGCUUCUAUUUGUAUUUAUUUAUACUCACGAGACGUAAACGUUGAAAUGAUUCAGUGAUGAAGAAAAGAACCGAAGUCAUCGUCAGAACCGGAAAGAACAGAACCGG